AGAGAUAAGGGAAUUGGGAGAGUCUGGAGGCUACCGAGAGAGGGAGAGAGGAGGUCCAGUCAACGGAGGAGGAGGAGGAAGGAAGGAAAGGAAGUCCCGCGGAGAGGAGGGACCUGGAGGAGUGGACGGAACAGGGAGCGGAGAGCCAGAGAGGAAGGGAGGCGUUUACCCUGGGAGGGAGGGAAGGAGGAGGGGGGAGAGGAGGUCCUUAGCUCUCUCUGGCAUCUUUCCUUCCUGCCUCCGAGCUCCAGAGUCAGAGGGGCAGAGGCAGAGGCAGAGGCAGAGGCUGAGGCUUAGGGCGGCCGGAGCGUGGCGAAGGCGUGGAGGGAAAGGGGCAGCCGGACGGUGGGCAAGCAAAGCAAGGCCAAGGGUCCGUGGCCAUGGCCUCUAUGGCGGCGGCGAUUGCAGCCUCCCGCACGGCAGUCAUGAACGGGAACCGGCCGCUGGACGACAAGGAGCGGAAGCGCUUUACCUACUUCUCCUCCCUGAGCCCCAUGGCCAGGAAGAUCAUGCAAGACAAGGAGAAGAUCCGCGAGAAGUACGGGCCCGAGUGGGAGCGGCUGCCCCCCAAGCAGCAGGACGAGAUCAUCGACAAGUGUAUGGUGGAGCCCCACAUCCAGGCCCGCUACGCCGCGCACCGCGCCGCCGGGGCCUCCCGGGACCAGACCCCCUCCUGCUACCCCAACCUGCGGGUGCCCACGGGCCAGAAGGUCGUGCACUUCGGGGACGAGGAUAUAACUUGGCAGGAUGAACACUCUGCCCCUUUCUCCUGGGAAACAAGGAGUCAGAUGGAUUUCAGCAUCGCCUCUUUGUCCAUCCAAGAGCCGAGUGGCACAACCCAGAAUGAACCAAGGCAACUCUCCAAAGUCCCCCAGGGUGCCCAGGCCCCCAAAUCCUCUCAGGGAAACAAAACAUCAAGCAUGGAUGGCCUAGGGUCCAUCUGGAAGGAAGAGGAAUCCUCUUUUUGGAAGAUAAAUGCAGAGCGCUCCCGAGUGGAAGGACAAGAAUCAGAUUUCCAGUCACUGACCCCUAGUCAGAUCAAAUCCAUGGAGAAAGGGGAAAAGGUCCCCUCAGGCCAUUACCGGCAAGAAUCAGUCCCAAAGGACAGGGAGGUGACCAAAGGGGAAAAGCCCAGCGGCCCUUGGCAAGAGAAAUUUACAUUCUCCAACUUGAGUGCCGAGAAGGAAAGGGCCCGGCCUGGUCAGUCUUCAGUUAGCCUGCUGGAUGAUGGCUUCCUCUCUGAGCCAAUGGCGAAGCUGUCCUCAUCUGGCACCAAAAUGGAGGAUGCAGAAGAUGCUUUAAUCUCAGAGUCCAAGCCCACACAGCUCAAUACAAGUAAUGUCAUCUUAAAGACGGGAUUUGAUUUUCUGGACAACUGGUAAAAUGAAACAAAACCAAGAACCCCAAAACUUUACCCCAAAGCUUUGUGCUGGAGAAGAAGGAUAAAAAAGGGCAAUUUUCCCCUGUGUCUUUCAAUUUUCCUAGUUUUUGUGUACUUUUUUCUUAAUAAUCUGAAGCUAUUCAAUGUUGCCUUGUCUAGAUGUUACCAUUUCUUAUAAGAUCGGGCAAUUUUGAUAUUUUUUUUGAUGAUCAGUAAUGGCAGUUUUUAAUUUAGCAUUUUUUAAAGCCUGCUACAAGCUGAUUAAAUAUUGUAGGGGAAUCUUCUGUCUCAAGCUCCACCAAAUUCUCUUUUCCUAACUUUUCUUCCUCCUCAAAUGCUUAUUUGUGAAUAUUUCAUGUAGAAAAACUACAAAAGCAGACUGUCUUCUACAACCUCUUUUUAUUUAAAAAAUCAACGCUUUUCUUUACAAUGGUUUCCUUAGCUAAAAUGGCUUUGACAUCUCAGCAGCAAUCACAUCAAGAUUUACCUCUCUUUAACUCACCAGACACUGCCAACCUGUGCAGGUGAUCCAGUCCUCAAUCAACGACUCCUAUGUUGGUAUUGGCCUUGAUCUUCCUGUCAGUCCUAGAAACCAGUGCAUUGGUACAAGUCAAAGAAAAAUAAGGUUGUUAUCAUGCUGCCCUAAUACAGAUCAAUACCAUGGAUGGUAUUUUUUUUAAUUGCAUGCUUAAAAAGUUUUGUAUUAACCUUGUAUUAUUUCAUAUCUAGUUUAGCAACUGUCUCAGAGAUACACCUUACUUGAGUUUUGUACUAGUUUCUUCUUUGAAGACCUUUGUUCCUCAUGUGUCCCUGGUGAUUCCUUAUUUAGGUGGAAAUGUGGAAACUGUGUCACUCAUUGUUGGAUAAAGGGCUAUUCUGAUUGGUUGUCCUAGAACCCAGUGGGACACUGGUUGGUAAACCAAGUUUCUCUGUUCUAAAAAAAGAUUCAAAGACUGCUUACUCCAACGAAUAGCCUGCCUUGCUAUGUGUUCCUCCCAGAAUAUACCAGGCAUUCCUCCCCAUCAUCAGCAGAAAUGGAGGCAUAAUAUCACCACUAAUCUAUCCAUCCUGGAGAACUUUGGGAUUCUGAUGUGAUAGCAAGGGACCUUCCUGGGCCUGAGACUGCAUUCACAGGACUUUUCUUGCUCACUGUACAACCACUAACUUUUUCUGGGGAACUCCAAUCCUGUUCAGUCAGCUUGCCACAUUAGAUAUGGCUCCCAUGGAAGGGGAGAUAGACAUAGAGCCUUCUCUGUAAACUGUAACUGUGCUGUUGCCUCCAGCAUCACCUGUCCCCCUGCAGGUGCUGGGACAAAUUCUAAUGCAGCACAAUUUACACACUGCCUGUCACUGUGUCCUCCUCACCUGAAGCCUUAAUUUCCCUGAGCCUUUGCCAGUGAAUGCUUGGUUCCAGUAUCAGAGCAUGUGCGUGUUGGAAUUUGAGGGGGGUGUGCAGGGGUGGGGUGGGAAGGGUUGGUCUUUUUUUGUUUGUUUGUUUAUGGGACUUCAUUAAAUGGUUCCCAGAAUGUUUGGGGUUUUUUUUUUCCUUUCUCCAAAGACACAUGGCAACUACUUUAUUUUUUAAAGGAAAGUCUCUGCCAAAGUAGCAUCCUGGCCAACUGUUGGGUUGGGCCCAGCCAAUGGCUUCAAGUCUGUGAACCACACUUGGGCCCCUUGGGGCUUGGCAUUUUAAGCUCCUCACUGUGUCAGAGGGGAAGAAUAGAAUUUGGCAAAUACAGGUUCUUUCUGCACUUAAGUAUAGUUGGUCUUUAAAAGGAAAAAAAUAAUUCUAGUUUUCUGAGUUACAGGGGAAAAAAAGUCCUCAAAAUGUUUGAGCUAGGGUCUUGCUUUUUCAGCCAAGCGUACUUGAUGGAGCAGGAGUAAAGGGAUGAUGUAAGCUUCCCUAUUUACCAUCUAGACCCAUCUCCACAAUGGGAGCUCCUCAAAGCCUGGAUGACAAACCUAGCCACCCCCAUCUCAGCAAGAAACUAGGGCUGGGUUAGAAUGACCUAGAAAGUAAACUUUUGUUUUUAUAAAAGGUUGAUUUAAGUUUGCUUUGAAUUAAGCUUCUUGGAGGCAGAGAUUUGGGGACCCCGAUACAUGAAUUUACUUUCUUUUGGGGAGGUAACUUAUUUUGUCCAAAUGCUAUUUCCCUAAGGGGGCAAGGGGUGGCACCUUAAAACUCUGAUAUUUAGACAUACAUAAUAAACUGUCUUCACUCUAUCUAGUAUUCAUGGGCUAGAUUUCCACUAAUUUGCAGCUUAUUUCUACUAAUUGCAGUUUAGCAAAAAUUUCAUAAUGGUUAAAAACUUCUCAAUAGCACAACCCUUUGAGAUUAGUUUUUUUAAAUUAAAGAAAACCAGAGAGAGAGAUUACUUGGGUUUUAAUGAUUGAAGGGCAACAAGGUGUAGUGGAAUGGGCAGUCAGUUGGUCACGAGCUAACUGUGUGCCCUUCAACAACUUCUUUAACUUCCCAGGGCCUUAGUUUCUAUAUUUGUAAAAUGGGCUCAUGAUGCUGCUUUUUGUCCACCUCACAGGGUUCUUUUAACCAAAAAAGCCCUAUACAUGGAAGUUCUUUAUAAACAGCAAAAAUACUAUAUAAUUGCAAAGCAUUGUUAUUAAUUUUUUACCUGCUUUGGACAUGUAUUGUGAAUGAAUAAUGGGAAGCUUAAGGGGAAGAUUCCUGUGGUUCUCUAGUGUUCCCCAAACACAUUAAACAUCAGGGAGUUAUAGGAGACCUUUGGCCAUGUCCUUUAUUAAAAGCAUAAUAUAAAUCACUAAGAUUGUUUUUUUUAACCCUUUGGACUAAACUCCAGCACAUAGGGGAUGUCUUUAUACUUCUCCCAUGGUAGUCAAUGAUGCUCCACUCCGAAAGAGAAGAAAAUGGAGACUUGGGUUUGCCAUGUGCUCUUCCCUAGAGUGGGACAUCAAAACAGGCAUUUUUAUUUAAAACAAACUUUUCCACUGCAGAGUGCACAGCUAGAGUUCCUCCUCCCUGCAUUCUUUCCCCUUGGGAUUCAACUCAUGGAUUUCAAGUCAUGCUUUGGGUGACAGCAUCUUUUUAGUUUCCCUCAAGCAGGAUGGAAAGCUGUGACCACUCAGAAUGGCAUGGUCUCCCCUGUCUUCUCUUCCCCCCACCACUACUAACCCACUGUAGGUUUCUCCCUUUAGAAUGCUGGACACAUUGGGAGCAGCUGGUGGAGCAUGAGGCAGCCUUGCCAGUCACCCCAGGUGGCUUUCAAGCCUCCAUCCUGACAGCACAACCUAAGGCCUUGGCUGUGGUUUGAUGCUUUUCCCUUUCUUUGAUACGCGUUUUCAAAAACAAAUUCUUACUGACAACUUAUACUUGGUCAUGUUUUAUAUUAAUAACCUUUAAUAAAGUUGUUUUAAAUAGA